CAAUGCGACUAUUUUUUUCUCGAUGAAAAUUCCAUCUCAGUUCCGAGCUUUUGGUCUGUGCGAGCUGCUGGUAGUAUGAGCCUGAAACUUUUUCGAAUCGCACGUCGGUGCCACAAUGAGUUGUCUCGAAUGUUAAUCCUGUACCGUUAGGUGAUGAAAUUAAAAACUUUUUCGCUCGUGUGUGACGACCAGUAACCUGACAGAGUGGAUUGCUGUUGAACGAAAGUUUUCCGAAUCUUUUGGAAGCACUUGUGUGAAAUUUGCACUCUGUCCCAGAAUCCGCUUAGAGCAAUAUUGCUGCGGGGAAAAGCGAUAUCCUUGAAAAGGAUAAUGUGAGUGAAAUCGUUGCUAGCAAGUUGGAGAUUUUCUUGCGGCUCAGCCUGUGUGCAAAUUGCGUUACUCUUCCUGCUGACAUAAGUUGAAAAUGCGGUAGUUCAUCAGUGUUGCAUAAAAAAAAAAUAUCGAAAAGGCAAAACGAUCAAACAGUAAGUAUCGUAAAAAUACAACAACCGUAACAAGCAUACAGCAUCAUACAGUAUUGAAGCACUGCGGGAAAAUCAAUGGUGGAACAGACGAAAAUUUGAUAUUUUUGACUUUCAAAAUAGCAUAUAUAGGAUACAAAAGUUAGAGAUAAGAGAAGAAAACACGAGAGAAAAAAAGAGUGAGUAUCGGAAGGCUGCACAGUCAAACGCGAAGGAUAUCGACAGACAACACCAACAAAACCGAAGAACGGAAACUGAAUUUUGGUUACGAUUGCGGCGUGUGCGAGCAGCCGUAGGAAAAGUUAGGGAGAGGAAAAAUCAGAAACUCAAAUAAAAUUUACCGAUAACUUCGUUGGUAAAAGAUACUUGGACGGGGGAGCCUGCUUUUGGUUUUCUGCCACCCACCGGGGCUUCACAUAUAGGAAUUGUCGGCAAGGAAGUAGGAUAGGGCAAAACAGUGUCAAUGGCAGUACGAAAUUGUUAUCAGUAUCCACGAGAUAAAGGUCUGAGUACUAUUUAAAGAAGAACAAAAAAAACGUUAUUGUAGAUUAUUUGAUAUCAGCUUCGCAUUGUUGUGUGCUCUCUUGCUAUCUAUAGCGACCUCUCGCAAUUACUCCCAGACUCUCGCGGAUAAAACCGCUGAAGAACUAUUCUGGGAACGGAGACUUAGAUGCCGGAGAUCUCCCAGCUACCGUGCUAUCAUCCUUUUUCAAGUCCCUUUCGACAGUCAGUGUGCAAGUGGAAGGUUGUGAAAGCCAAGUGUAGUGACUCUGUCCAACAUCAGUUCACUUCUGUGGAUUGUGCAAGCAAAUAGAACCAUACACAGCAGAAACUAACAUAUUCUCAACCUUUGACAUCGGUAUCAGUAACUCAUUUUCCAUCUGCACAAAAGACGAGUGGUCGUUUAGAAGAUUACACCAACGAAUUAAUUCAGAGCAAACCGUAGAAGUACCGUCUGUCAACCGAAAUAAGUCGAAUAUUUUCCACCCGACCGGAACGACCUCGUGUCGAGUGCGGAAAAUAUAUACCCCAUCCGGUGAGUGAACACACACACAUACACACAGCAAGAGCUACCCCAUCAGAGUAUCUUGGCUUCUCCUCGGAAGCAAAGUGGAUGUGCAGUGGCAAUUAGCGAAUUAAAACAAAAGAAGUUGAAAACAGUUUCGAGUGAAGCACGCAGCAGUAGAGCAUCACUUGAGAAAUUGGUGCCAUCGUCGUUAAAUGCUCUCUACGGUCUUAUAGCUUUGUUUGUGAUUUCUCCAAGCCAUGGAGAUCCGAGGCAUAAUAACCCGAUUGCUAGGUCCAUGCCACAUUCGACAUUUAAUAUUGUGCAGCUUGGGACUCUAUUCCAUCCUGAUGCACUCAGUAACCUGUCGGCAUCAUGACAUCGGUAGUUCGGUUGCACACCAGCUAGGAUCGAAACACUCGUUACAAUCAUCAUCCUUGCUAUCGUCAUCCUCGCAAUCGUCCUCGUCGUUAGCUGAAGAGCCAACGUUGAAUAAAGAUUCAGAUGCAUUUUUUACACCAUAUAUAGGUCACGGGGAUUCUGUUCGAAUUGUAGAUGCUGAACUAGGUACGCUAGAGCGUGAACUCGUCCAUGGCACUACCACUCGGCGUCGUGGUUUGACGAGAAGAGAAUCUAGUACAGAUUCGUCCGAUAAUGAUCCACUGGUUAUCACCACGGAUAAAGGAAAAAUUCGGGGAGUCACGUUAGAAGCUCCCAGUGGAAAGAAGGUCGAUGCCUGGAUGGGUAUACCAUAUGCCCAGCCUCCAAUAGGAGCGUUAAGGUUCAGACACCCAAGACCGGCUGAAAAGUGGGUGGGGGUUCUCAAUGCGACAAAGCCACCAAACUCGUGUGUUCAGAUUGUGGAUACCGUGUUUGGUGACUUUGCCGGUGCUACUAUGUGGAACGCAAAUACGCCACUAUCGGAAGACUGUCUUUAUAUUAAUGUGGUUGUGCCACAUCCACGACCAAAGAAUGCCGCUGUCAUGCUAUGGAUUUUCGGAGGUGGAUUUUACUCUGGCACAGCGACGCUGGAUGUGUAUGACCACCGAACAUUGGCAUCAGAAGAGAAUGUCGUCGUGGUUUCACUGCAGUAUCGCGUUGCUAGUCUGGGAUUUUUGUUUCUGGGGACACCUGAAGCUCCUGGAAAUGCUGGAUUAUUUGAUCAAAACUUAGCCCUAAGGUGGGUCCGUGAUAAUAUUCAUAAAUUUGGGGGUGAUCCUGGCCGUGUUACACUGUUUGGCGAGAGCGCUGGCGCAGUUUCCGUUUCAUUGCAUUUACUAUCCGCACUUUCCCGAGACCUGUUCCAGCGCGCUAUUCUUCAGAGUGGUUCACCUACCGCCCCUUGGGCUUUGGUUUCUCGCGAAGAAGCUACGCUCAGAGCUCUUCGUUUGGCCGAAGCUGUUAAAUGUCCACACGAUGUAACAAAACUAAGUGAGACUAUCGAGUGCCUCCGUGCCAAAGAUCCCAAUUUACUAGUAGAUAAUGAGUGGGGUACUUUGGGGAUCUGUGAGUUUCCAUUUGUUCCAGUUGUUGACGGUGCAUUCCUUGAUGAGACGCCACAACGAUCUUUGGCCAGUGGCCGGUUCAAAAAAACUGAUAUCCUUACUGGAAGUAAUACCGAAGAAGGAUAUUAUUUUAUUAUCUACUACCUGACCGAACUACUCAGAAACGAGGAGGGAGUUACUGUGUCAAGGGAGGAAUUUUUACAAGCAGUUAGAGAGCUGAACCCAUAUGUGAACGGAGCAGCCAGACAGGCUAUCGUGUUUGAGUACACCGAUUGGAUCGAACCUGAAAACCCAAACAGCAACAGAGAUGCCCUAGAUAAGAUGGUCGGCGAUUACCAGUUUACCUGUAAUGUGAAUGAAUUCGCCCAACGAUACGCCGAAGAAGGAAACAACGUGUUCAUGUAUCUGUACACUCACAGAAGCAAAGGAAAUCCUUGGCCUAGAUGGACUGGUGUUAUGCACGGUGAUGAGAUCAACUACGUGUUCGGCGAGCCACUGAACCCAGCCCUUGGGUAUAUUGAAGAAGAGAAAGAUUUCAGCAGAAAAAUUAUGCGAUACUGGUCCAACUUUGCCAAAACUGGCAAUCCAAAUUCCAAUCCUCCAACCGCAGAGCUUCCAGAAUGGCCGAAACACACCUUGCACGGCAGACACUAUCUAGAACUAGGACUAAACACAAGUUUCGUGGGUCGAGGCCCACGAUUGCGACAAUGUGCAUUCUGGAAAAAAUAUUUACCACAACUAGUAGCAGCUACCUCUAAUCUACAAGUAACUCCUGCGAUUAGCGUACCCUGUGAAAGCAGCGCAGCAUCCUAUCGACCCCUGUUACUUCUAAUAGUGUCCCUAGUGCUAGUAAUACGAUUUAAAAUAUAAAAAUUUAUACUUUCGUUACGCUUAUUAGGCCAGUUCUCGAUGACAUGAAAAUUUAUAAAAGAAAAGCAUAAAUGCAACCACUACUAAUAACUACUGAAAUGGAACAAUAAGAUUACAUUCUGCUAAAUUUGUCCACAAUUGAUUGAUUAUAAUUAAAACCCUGCUCCACAAAGAACAACUGUUAAGUUUUAUCUGUUUCCUUAAUAAUGUUAUGUAAACAGUGGUGAUAUCAUUGACACUUUACUAAUCAUACAACAAACAGAAUAUUUCCUGUUAUAUAUAUUGUGAUGAAAUUUCGCUUUAACUACACCAGUAAAAGUUACUUAAGUUCAAACAAGAAUUUUAUAUAAUAACAAAUAAAUACAACAGCUGCUAGAGACAACUAGACAUUAAAUCGAAUACUGUUAUUUUGAGAAAAGAGCGAUUUAACAACUAGCAGAAAUGAAUCCUUUUAUAAACUUUAAAAGGUGUAAUGAUACAAUAAUAAAAACAGCAUCUAAUUCUAACAAUCAACAGUUUACUUUAGCAACAAUUGAGCUAACUUUCUAUUUCAAGAGAAAAAAACGACACUCUAAAAAUUAUUACAAUAUAAAAAAAUUCACCACAUUAAACAGUCGAUCGUCGAUGAAAUGAAAAUGUAGAUGACCGUUGAAAGAGUAGGAAACAAUAAUAUGUGUUAGAUUGCCCAAAACUCAAGAAAUUAUUCAAUUUCCAAAAUGAAACAACACCUUCAAAGUAAUCGAAGUACGGAAAAACUGAAAACAUAUCAUUAUAUUAUGCAAAAGCGUUGUAAGCUAUUGACAGAGCAGAAGCGAACACAAAAAAAUCACCCAAGUGUAGUUAAAUAUUUCUAUACAAUUUAUGGUGGCCAAUUUUAAUACGAAGAACAAAUGCGGUAGACGUGGCAAAACGCAAAACACAAGAAAAAAAAAAGCAGACGAGAUAAUUGAAAGUGAGAAAUAGGAAAAUGGCUGUUUUCCAAAUUCCUUUAAAAAACGGGACGGAAGAUCGAACAAGUCUUCUGUUCAACAUUAAGACUAAGAGUAUUGUAGAUACUACACAAAUAGAAACAAGAAAUCGAGAAUUACCACAAACCUUACUCAUACAUACAAACACAAAUAAAAAUGAAAACUAAUGCGACUGUGUUGAGGCUGCGAAGUUUGGAUGUAACAUUUCUUUGCGAGUUGCACACAUUCUCACGUAACACUUAGAAAAUAAAUGGUAUAGCCAGUGUUCUUAGGUUGUCCAGGUAUAAACUUUUCCCAAAUGAAAUAAAGAAUAAUACCAUUGUGAUGAUUUCUUUCAGAAGAAGAGCCAUGAAAUAGAAUAUAUAUCAAAAUUUAUCACACCGGAAGAUUGCUCUCAAUUAGCAAACUUUUAGUAACUUUUCAAUAGUUAAGGGAUAACACGAAUUCAGCUUUCCAGGUCAUAGUUGUCUUACAUGAAUGACUGGUAGAAGCAACUACUUGAAAUUUGGUGUUCAACCUGUUUAAAACUUAUUCUUCUAUUAAAAUUAUUUCUUUUUACAUGUACAAAAAGUCAGUUGGAAAGCAAUGCUGGUUAAAGUGUUUGAUAGAGAGUUGAUGAAUUCAAAGCUAAUUAGCUGGUGAGCAAGAAUACAAUUGAAAUCGAACCUUACUAAAAAUAUCGAUUGUUAUUUCUUAUUUUUUCGAAAUAAACAUUAAUUAUGAGUAUAUAAAAACGUGGACUGGUACUAAAAACUUCGUUCCUCCGAUCUCAAACGCCGACAUUGUCGAGCAAAUUUUGACAGCUUUGAAAAUUCUUCCAAUCAUAAAUAUUGCUUAUUUUUCCUCUCAGCCUCGAUUCAAGUAUGUAAUCAUUUGUGAUAUCAUAGACCGUUAGUUCAAAACAAUGUAACUCACUAUUAGAGGCAUUUCAGAAAAUAUAUUUUCAGUAAUUCUCUCUGCCUUGAAAGCCAAAUAGCGUAUUUUCUGUGACGUAGUCUGGAGAAAUGACUACAGUUGUGUGCCAAAAAUAAAAUUCUAAAUAAUCGAAAAUAUCUGCGAUACAUCAGCGAAACUUCAACAAACUUUUCAACAUUGUAAUGUUCAUAAAAAUUUAUGUCAUCAUGAGUUGGUCUCUGUUCUAAAAAAAUGUUUCCUAUCUUAAAUUACAGUACUGGCGUUUGCUAUUAUGUUCAAAAUAUUGUGCUAUCAAAUGUUUCACAUUUUUACAACGCAUAAAAUUAUAUGAUUAUUUAGAGCACCUUCCGGUGAGUACGGACCAAUUUUCGAACAAUAUAUGCUGAACCUGUAAAAGAACUGUGAGCUGAUUGUGUGACAUUAACGUAAACCAAUAUACAACUAUAAAAAACUGCAAGUGCAAUGCUGAAAUUAGGCGUUUGGAAUCAAUCUUGAAUCUAUUCAGUUUAUUUUGGACAAGCCCUUCUCAGAUGAUUUGAAUUUGCUAGCCAGUUGAUGCAAUGAUUUAAAAUAAACGCAAAAGUUGGAUUCAAUAACCCAGAAAGGAUAUCCCGUAAAAAAUGGUUGAAAGUACAAAACUCAGAACACUUUCGGGAUUCAGUAUUAAAGCAAAGAGAUUUUUUGUAUUUGGCUCAAGAACAAACAAAAAAUAAUAAGUAAGAAAAUCAGAUUCAAUACUAAAAAUAUAAUGUUCGAUGUCCCUAAGAAGUUACCAGCAGUAACAAACCGCUAGUUUCAGGACAGUUCAAGCGCGCAAUGUAGUGCGAAAAAUAAGUAUUGCCGUAUGUUUUCUGUAGUAGUAGAACUUGCGAGUAAGAUCUUAGCACCCACAAAUCAAUUUGUCAAACAAAUAAAAGAAAAUCACUUAAAGGUCAACGGAAUCAACGAUCGCUAAAAUAAUAUUGAAUAAAUUAAAUCUAUAGCAUAUAGGUUGAGCAUAAGUCAAUAAACACCGUUUAAUAUAAGUAUUGAUAAAUUAUAGAAAACUAGCCUAGCUACUAAGUAAUAGAUAAGACAGAUGAGGAAGUUGAGGAAAAUGUUCAUAAUACAUAUCAUUUAAUCUUAGAAUAUGUAAUCAUUUUAUGAAACCAUACUUCAAUACUGACUACAUAACCUACAAAAUUCAUAGCGAAAAUCACCUUGCAAUGUACGCCGAGUAGCAGAUGUACGUCGUCCUAUCGAAAAAAAAAAAUGUUUUUAUCAUUCCACACUAACAUAGCUCAAACGAUCGUUUAAAACUUUGUAAUGUUCGUAAGUUUUUUUCUUUAUUUUCCUAAAUAUAUCACGGUUUCGUUGUUCUUAUUUGAUUUUUUCACAUUGCGUUAAAUACAUAUAAAAAGUUUUAUUUUUAUCUGCGAAUAAACUCAGAACAAGUCGGGUGAAGCUUUAUUUAACCAUUUUAGAGUACCAUUCCUAUUAAAACCAAAUUUACAGCUUUCAAUAGCAUCAUUGAUAAAAAAGAUAUUUGAAGUAAUCUCUAUUAUCUUUUAAAAUUCUACAUUUGUGCUAAUUUCAAUUCGUUUGAAUAAUAUUUUAGUUAUUUAGUAUUACUGGUUUUUACUUGUAAUUUUAUUAUAUGUUGAUGUUAUGUUUUUAGGAGGUUGAUAAUUUCAGUAGUGGCAAUGUAAUUGAAAUACAAUUUAGCAAUUCACCAGAACGAAAGUUUUCUCCUCGAGAAAGUUCGAAUAAUAUUAAAUGUUGCCUAUUUGCUAACCUAAUUGCCGCGAACUGUUCCAAGUUCUCGAAAACAAAAUCUUAGAUUCCGUUGCACGAUAACUAUUUGGGUCAAAAAAAAUAUUAAUUCUGGUAAACAUUUCGCCAAAUGCGUUGUUCAACUUCACAAAUCUAUAGCUUCUUUCUUCCCUAUCAACACAAGCAAAGUUGGCCUAAGACCAAUAAACAAGAAAUCUUCGAAACACACUUCACACACUCACACGUACUAUCCUAUAUUUAGCUUCGAAUGGAUUUUACGACAAUUUAAUAUAAAUAUUAUCUAAUCUAUUCCUUCAACAAUUCACAAAACACUCAACUAUAUAGCAACGUUAUUCAAUUCCAUGGUAAUGUGCAAGAAACAGACGAACACAAGAAAUGUACGGGCUAUUACUGAGAGCAAAUCGUUAAACAAACUAAAAAUCAAUAAAACUUGAUUAAAUUGAAGCAAAUAGUUUAUUUUUGUUAACAAUUUCUUCUUAUACAAAAUUAUAAAAAGUCUCAGCCAUAAUAAUUAUUUAUUAUAACAGAUUUAUAAUGAUUAUACAUAUUAGAACCUAACAAAACUAAUAUAAGUAUGGAUAAAAAGAGGCAAAAUGGCGAAUACUAAUAGAACUAUAAUGUAUUUGAAUUAAUAAAUAAAUAAUUGACACUUUAAUAACAAACUAAAAUGAAAGUAUAUAAACAUAUAAUGCUUUGUUAAAUGUAAAUGUUGUGUAUAGGAAAUAAAAAUACACAAUUUUAAAAAUACA